AUGGCAUGCCAGGCAAAUACAGAUAUUCAUCAGCAAGAGCCACUCAAGCCAACAGAACUACCCACAGAACCAUGGUCUAAACUUGCAACAGACCUAUAUGGUCCAUUAGACACUGGUGAAUACCUGCUGGUUGUACAAUGCCUGUUCUCCAGAUUUCCUAUGGUCGAAAUCGUGCGUUCAACUUCUGGUACAGAAGUCAUACCAGCAAUGGACAAAAUUUUCUCAACAUCAGGAAUCCCAGAUGAUAUAGCAAGUGACAAUGGGCCACCAUAUAGCAGUGAGGAAUUCAAAUCGUAUGCAAGAUACAUGGGUUUUGAGCACAAAAAGAAAAUACCAUAUGCACCAUGGGCGAAUGGCAUGGCCGAAAAUUUUAUGAAAAACCUAGGAAAAAUCAUUUGCUCCUCCACAGAAGAGCGUCUAAACUAG